UUGGCAACCCCGCAGUUGUGCACUGACAGUGAAACAGCUGUUCGCAAUUGUUUUAUAAAAAACGAGUUCAUAACAGCCGGCUGCAAAACUAAAACUUUUAUAAAAAUGCAAAAAAAACGAGUUCGCGUGAAUAAUAUACUGGAUAAAUUGCAUCGUGGUGUAGUUUACACCUGUAUCGGUGUUACACUUUAUGGAACAUUCCUGCUAGGAUUGCGUGUACAUCGUUAUUUGACUGUAGUUCGUCCUCAGCGGCAGGCGGAACAAUUAAAGGCGAUUGAAGAGGAUGGACUUGAUAAAGCUAAAACCAUAACAACAUAAAUUUGUCCUUAAAUAAGUUUUUAAAAUGCUAAUAGUUGUAUUUGUUAAAUAAAUGUUGUAAAAAUUUA